AUGAGCCUGCUUCACUGUAUCAGCGGAGUUGUUCAUCAAUCCAAUAUGGCGUCAAAGAGCGCGCUCGCCCCAAAACUUUACAAGAGGUUUUUGCAAGUUUGCGAGCAAUGGCCGGUUGACCAAAAUCGUCUAGGAAGAGAUCUUGGAGAACACCUCAACAGAAACCUUGUACCACGUAUAAAAAAUGCUCAAAUUGACCCAAAAGAGGCCGAGAAGAUGCUCGACAGUCUUAUAAAGAUAAGUUCAAAUUACUACCGAAACAAGUACCCCCGUAAAAAAGAAACGGCCUUCACUGGAGAUAACUUACAGACUUGUAAAGAAGCAGCUUCAUUUUAUUUAUCGUCAGAUAUGCAGAAGAAAUCAAGAGAACAAACUUGGUGGGAGAAAUUAAUUCGCAAGAAGGCUCCCGGGAGUUAAAGUGGCAUAUGAUCUGGGAUGACAGUGAUGUCAAAUCACUUGUUAUAAAUGGACACACUACUUGUACAGCCAUUUUCCUGAACAUAUUUACUUAUAUAUUUGCUGGGUGGAUGGACACUUUAUGUGGCAGUACAUGUGCUACAAAGUCAUACAUCCGGAAGCUUACAGAAACUGGACGGACUUAACCCCUACGGUUGGCUCCCAUGUGAAAAGAUACGGAAUUCUUGUUGCAAAAUCUGAAUGAAAGAGGACCGAUCUGGGUGUGGCACAAGCUUUAUUUAACUUCUUAUUCUUAAAGAUACCACUUAAAAGGAAAUAGGCUCAAUAGACCAAUUUUGAUAUAUUAAAAUUCGGCUAAAACAAUA